AGGACAAAAACAACAGCAGUUAACCAUAAAGAUACUGGUCAGGGUAUAUUUUAGCAAACCGUUUAACAAUCAUGUUUCUCAAUCGGCAAAGCAAUCUGUGUACUUUUUCUUUUUUUAAAUCAGAUUGGCAAAACAUUUGAUUUAGAUUGGAAGUCCAGAGCACAUCAAACUGUUUCUGAUUUCAAGUCAAUACAGCUAUAAAAAGCAAAACAUUGAAAAUAAAUAAAGUAUACACAGACACAAAUGUGUUGUCAGGUCAACAAACACACAAAGUGUAAUAAAAUGUACACUUUAGGCACACAUGAUGAAUAGAGAUGCAGUUUUCACUGCUUUAGGGUUAACAGAGCUUUAGAUUUCUACCCUAGUUUAACUUUGUACUUGUCUGGAUAAGCUCUGAAUACAGAAAAUACAGGUUUUAGAGUCAGUAAAUUGUGAAAUUUAGCUAGCAUGAAACACAAGUUAUAUUUUUUAUAUUUUCUCUUUUGAGCAGUCAAACAAUCCAAAGAAAAUAUCUUUAUAAUAGAAAGAGUAGUAACUUACAAAGUUAUAUUGAAUGAACACAAAAAACUGUAAUGAUAACUAUAACAAGAAAUAUAACUACAAGGAUUUAAUAACUCUAGAGAAGAGUGAAGUCCACAACAACUAUAAUAACUGUUAUAAAGGUUAUAUUAGGGAUUGUACUGGUUUUGGAAACUGUAAUGGUUCCUGUGGCUCGUUAAAACCACUCAAUCCUAAUGAAAUUUGUCCCAAUACACUCAAGGAAACCAUUUUCAAUGGUUUUAAUGGUUAAAAGUUGAUGGUUCGUAAUGGUAUUUGUAGAGGAAACCAUUAGAAUUUCUGUGAUGGUUCUAUUGUUUUUAUUGUUUCAGCAGGGAGGUAGUAUCACAUGGCAACAUCUCCAAACUCUCCAGUUUUCUGUAAGCACACAGUGUCGAUUCUGGUCCAGAAGGGGGCAGAUUUGAUCCUGGCGCUCUUCAUGAGUUCCCUGGAGGAGAAUCUAGAGGAGCAGAACUUGUUGAGAUGAUCAGACUGGAGCUCUCGCUCAUCCGCAGCACAUCAGAUCCGUUCAGCAGAGCGUCGCGAUGAUGCUGCGCGUUUUAUUCGCUCUGAUAGCGUUCUCCGGCUCCGUUCAGGCGGAUAAACGCGCGGCGGAGAUGAAGACGAGUCUGAUGCCGUCACCCUCCUCAUCCUCAGCGCCGGAGCUGAACGCCUCCACAGCGCGUCGCGGUGAUGAUGAUGAUGAUGAUGAUGGAGACGCGCGCGCACCGAGAGUUCCACGCGGCUCCAAACACAAGCAGCAGCGCGAGCGGAACGCGCAACGUACUCCGCGACCGCAUCCCGACCCCGACGCGUUCUUCACCACGCCGCGAGCGUUCAACGGCUCGCUACGCGUCCAUAACCCGCUGUUCCCGCUCACGGAGGAGUCGUACAGCGCGUACGCCGUCAUGCUGCUCGCGCUCAUCGUGUUCUCCGUGGGCAUUGUGGGUAACCUGGCGCUCAUGUGUAUCGUGACGCACAACUAUUACCUGAAGAGCACGUGGAACUGCGCGCUGGCCAGCCUGGCCUUCUGGGACUUCACAGUGCUGUUCUUCUGUCUGCCAGUGGUCAUCUUCAAUGAGCUGACCAAGAGGAGACUGAUGGGAGAUCUGUCCUGCAGGAUAGUGCCAUACCUGGAGAUGACGUCUCUCAGCGUGACCACGUUCACUCUCUGUGCGCUCAGCAUCGACCGGUUCCACGCGGUGACCAGCGUUCAGCCGCGGACGCAGCAGGUGGAGUCCUGUCAGUCCAUCCUCCCCAAGCUAUCGGUGAUCUGGCUGGGAUCUCUGGUCCUGGCCGCUCCGGAGCUGCUGAUGUGGCGUCUGGAGCAGGAGGUGUCUCCAUGGACGGGUCUGCCGGUGGACUCGUGCGGUCAGGAGCCGUCCGUGAUGCUGCCGGAGAUGCUGUACUCGCUGGUGCUGACGUACCAUCAGGCCAGAAUGUGGUGGACCUUCGGAUGUUUCUUCUGCUUGCCGCUGCUGUUCACUGGCGCGUGUCAGCUGCUCACGAGGCACAUUGCAGACGAGAACGCCAAGAGCAUUCAUCCAUCCUCUUUGUCAUCUUCCUCAUCUUCAUCUCUGAAGAAGAAGCAGCGGCGAGAGCGUCAGCUGACCUGUACGGUGGUGGCACUGGCGGCCGUUUACGCCGUCUGCAGUUUGCCGGAAAACGUCUGGAACUUCGUUCUGGCUUACUCGGGCAUGGAGGUGGGCGUGGCCACACGGGCUCUCCUCGCUCUGAUUGGCCAGUUCCUGUUGUUCGUGCGGGCGGGAGUGACGCCCAUUCUGCUGCUCUGCAUCUAUCGGUCUCUCGGCCAGGCGUUCAUGGACUGCUGCUGCUGCUGUUGCGAAGACUGUCUUCUGGAUACUUCGUCAUCAGCGACAUCAUCGUCUUCGUCCACCAACGCUACGGCUCUCUCCUCGUCCCUGUCCUCGCCCGUCUCCGUCCAGGAGGAGAAGCUGAAGAUCAUGUCUGGAACGUCGCCCGCAGUGUUCUUCGAUAAAGUGAAAGAUGGUCCAGCUGAGCUGAUCAUCGGAACGCCGUGUUGAUCUCGGAACAUCGGCAUCAGUCUCCGUUAAAACUGUGAACCAAUCCAUCUUUAACACUCUUAAAGGGAAAGUUCACUCAUAAAUUAUAAAUUAAUUAUAAAUGUUCCAAACCUGUUUUAUUUUUAUUUUAAA